AUGCCAAAGCCUACUUUAAAUAACCUUAUUAGAAUGUCGCCAAGCCGAGCGCCAACAAUAUCACGUGAUUCGGCCCGCCACGCUAAACCCGAUCACGCCCAUCAAGUCUCGAGCAUUUACAGUGCCCUAGACCGCCAGGAUGCCGGUAUGUGCGAGAUACUGACUGCUACUGAUUUUCUUCCCGUCCCCUCCCCUUACGUCGAUCGGCCGCUCGCAGGCGCUGCACCACUACCACCACCACUACUACUACUACUGCUACUUGUUAGAAUAGAAAUAACGGCUAACUUGGGAUCUGAAAUACAGAGCCAGAAAUCGUUCCGCACCAAGCAGAAGCUUGCCAAAGCCCAGAAGCAGAACCGUCCCAUUCCCCAAUGGAUUCGUCUGCGGACCGGAAACACCAUCAGGUAA